AUGAAGGUGGUCUUUGAGGGGGUGGCCCAGCAGAGCUGUGUGGCCCAGGCUCUUUGCUUCUCCCUUGUCUGUACUCAACCACAGGCUGCGACUGCCACCGCGGCAGCGCCUCCACGUGGGGAUCCACAGGAGCCUGGAACCCUGAUGCCACAUCUCCGCCUGUGCGCUGUGGAAGUGGGCGUGUCUGUGCACAUGGCGGGCGUGUCUGUGUCACACAUGGGUCGAGUGGCCCGGGAUUUUCUGGGCUAUCAGGCUCUGCACGUGCGCAAGCCUCCCAGCGCACGUCCCCGAGUGACCUGUGCGCUGCGUGCAGGGCCUCCGAGUCGUGUGCACUUCAUGUGCUCGUGCCCGUCUCUAUUCCACGUCGGCUAUCUCGUGCUUCCAGUGUUUGGCUCUGUGCGAAACAGAGGUGCCCCCUUUCAAAGGUCUCAGCAUCCUCACGCUACCUCCUGCCGCCACUUCCACCUGGGCCCCCCACAGCCGCAGCAACUCACCCCCGACUUCCCUCUGGCCCACCCCGUGCAGUCGCAGCCGGGCCUCAGCGCCCACAUGGCCCCGGCCCACCAGCACAGCAGCGCCCUGCACCAGUCGCUGACCCCGCUGCCCACCCUCCAGUUCCAGGACGUCACAGGUCCCUCCUUCCUACCUCAGGCCCUGCACCAGCAAUACCUCCUGCAACAGCAGCUCCUGGAAGCCCAGCACCGCAGGCUGGUCUCACACUCCAGGCGGAGUCAGGAGCGUGUGUCUGUCCACCCCCACCGCCUCCACCCCAGCUUCGACUUCGGCCACCAACUGCAGACUCCUCAGCCCAGGUAUUUGGCUGAGGGCACUGACUGGGAUCUCAGCGUGGAUGCCGGCUUGAGUCCUGCCCAGUUCCAGGUGCGACCCAUCCCUCAGCACUAUCAGCAUUACCUAGCGACUCCUCGAAUGCACCACUUCUCCAGAAACUCCUCCUCCACACAGAUGGUCGUUCAUGAAAUCCGCAACUACCCUUACCCUCAGCUCCACUUCCUGGCUCUCCAGGGGCUGAACCCCAGCAGACACACCUCUGCCGUGCGGGAGAGCUAUGAGGAACUGCUGCAGCUGGAGGACAGAUUGGGAAAUGUGACUCGAGGAGCUGUGCAGAACACCAUUGAAAGGUUCACCUUCCCCCACAAGUACAAGAAGCGAAGACCCCAGGAUGGCAAGGGCAAGAAGGAAGAUGGGGAGGAGUCUGACACAGAUGAAAAAUGCACAAUUUGUCUGUCUAUGCUCGAAGACGGAGAAGAUGUGAGACGCUUACCCUGUAUGCAUCUCUUUCACCAACUGUGCGUGGACCAGUGGCUCGCCAUGAGCAAGAAAUGCCCCAUCUGCCGAGUGGACAUUGAGACACAGUUGGGAGCCGACAGCUGA